AUGUAUUCUUCAGCUCAAAACCAGGAUACCGACGGGACCGUGGCUUCGGUAUCCGAAUCCUUGCCUAUCGCAUCAUCUCCGGGGGGAAAGCGAACUCUUGCGCCGUCGCCGAGCGAGUCUGGUGCCAAGCCUUGCGACAACUGCAUGAGGAGAGAAAUAGCAUGCGAAUAUGACGCGAAAUAUUCCCGAGGACGGCCGCCGACGCCGCCGCCGCCUCCAGCCUCCGUCGCUCUUCCCGAGAACGGAUCCGAAGUGUUGCGGGUUGAUGACAUGAGGACUUCCGUUCUUCCCAACAGCUACAACAACAGCUACAACAACAGCUCAUUCCAAAGCCAUCCUAGGAGACCAACGAACGUCUUAGCGGCCGAAAGUAGCAAUGCUCCGUCCCGAACUUCACCAGACUUGGAUGUAGCGGAGAUCGAGGGACAAUACUUUGACACAACGUCGGGGUUAACCUUCCUUCACCGUGCGUACAAAAAACUCUCUACGCAAAGGAGCAAUACGGUCCCCUCUGCCUCGAGUGGCACUGAGAAACAACAACGGUUAAUGACUGUGGGCGACAGACGGUUCGAUGUAGGAGCGGAUCUCCUCAAGGUUCCCGACCGUGCUACAGCCUUGGCGCUGAUCAGAUUCUAUUUCGACGAGUGUGUCGUUACGUAUCGCAUGUUUCAUCGCCAGAUAAUUGUUGGCUGGCUCGAGAAACUGGUGGCCAACUCGGAAAAUAAUCUACCUUUGCACUGUCGGCUAGGCCAUGCAAAAGCUGCGACGGUUCUUGGGAUCUUGGCCGUCGUCACCUUCCGUCGCGAGAAACUCCGGAAUCCUACCAAGCCCGGCUUUGAUGAAGACACUGCUCUCGCACGCAGUGACCCUCUUUUCCGUGCUGCUGUGAACUUGACAGACGCAGAGACCGGGCUUCCCCGGUUAGAAUCUGCUCAGGCAAGGCUUGUGCAAGUGCUUUACCUCCUCCAAACUUCACGCAUGAACGAAGGGUGCGUUGCCUUUGGUCGGCCGAGCAUUUAUCGAGACGAAGAUAUUGACCAAGACUUUCCCGACUGUGUUAACGACGAAGAUAUGACGGCCCAUGGACCGUCCGGUGAAGAGCCAAGCUCGCACAGAUAA